AUGGCUCAACUUGUAGUUGAAGUUCUUGAUGCCAGUGAUCUUAUGCCUAAAGAUGGGCAAGGUUCAGCAAGCCCAUUUGUGGAAGUAGAGUUUGAUGGUCAGAAACAGAGGACCCAAAUCAAGCCUAGAGAUCUCAACCCUGUUUGGAACGAGACCUUGGUUUUUAACGUUCAGAAUCCCUCCAAUCUCGCUGACAAAACCAUUGAAGUCUACGUGUACAAUGAUCGUCAACACGGCCACCACCGGAAUUUCCUCGGAAGGGUUAAGGUUUCCGGCGUGUUCGUCCCUUUUUCCGAGUCUGAGGCUUCGGUUCAGAGGUACCCUCUUGAUAAAAGGGGGAUCUUUUCUCAUAUAAAGGGUGAUAUUGCAUUGAAAAUCUACGCCGUCCCCGGCGGCGGUGGUGGUGGUGGCGGUGGUGGUGGAGGUCCAGUAUUUGAACCUGAAGAACUAUUCCAAUCGCCGCCGGUACAACAGGCACAGCAACCGCAGCAGCAGUUUCAGUCACCGCCGGCGCCUCCUCCGGUGAAUGUGAAUUUUGGGGAAAAUAUAGAAACCCCACUUCAAGAAAUCAAUCCUAAUAAGCUGGGUGGUGAAUUCAAGGGUUACACCGAUAGUAAGAAGAAGAAAAAGAAGGAGAAAGAAGUGAGGACAUUUUACUCUCUUGGUUCUGGUGGCGGUCCUCCUCCACCUCCGGCGGAAAAGCCAGUCAUUGUGGAAACAAGAAGUGAUUUUGCUAAAGCCGGACCUACCACUGUAAUGCAUAUGCAGGUUCCGGGCCAAAAACCCGAAUUCGGGUUGGUGGAGACUAAGCCGCCGGUGGCAGCUAGGAUGGGAUACUGGGGCAGAGACAAGACUGCAAGUACUUAUGACAUGGUGGAACAGAUGCAAUUUCUGUAUGUUCAAGUUGUGAAGGCUAGGGAUCUUCCAGUUAUGGAUAUAUCCGGGAGUCUUGAUCCAUAUGUUGAAGUGAAAGUUGGGAAUUACAAAGGGGUUACCAAUCAUUUGGAGAAGAAUCAGUAUCCAGUUUGGAACAGAGUUUUUGCUUUCUCUAGGGAAAGGUUGCAGUCCAAUUUGAUUGAGAUCACUGUGAAGGAUAAGGAUAUUGGAAAAGAUGAUUUUGUGGGUAGAGUUGUGUUUGAUAUUGUGGAUGUUCCUACUAGGGUUCCACCUGAUAGUCCUCUGGCUCCUCAAUGGUAUAGAUUGGAGGACAAGAAGGGGCAAAAGGUUCAUAAUUUAGGGGAGCUUAUGCUUGCAGUUUGGAUGGGGACUCAAGCUGAUGAAGCAUUUCCCGAGGCUUGGCAUUCUGAUGCUCACAGUGUUAGUCAGCAGAUUCUUGCUAACACGAGAUCAAAAGUGUACUUUUCUCCUAAAUUGUAUUAUCUCCGUAUUCAUGUUAUUGAAGCUCAGGAUCUUCUGCCAUCUGAGAAGGGCAGGCCACCAGUUGCAACAGUGAAGAUUCAGGUUGGACAUCAAGGCAGAGCUACCAGGCCUUCACAAAUGGGGACUUAUAAUCCAGUUUGGAAUGAAGAAUUGAUGUUUGUUGUGGGUGAGCCUUUUGAUGAGUGUAUUGUUAUCACUGUUGAUGAUAAGGUUGGACCAGGCAAAGAUGAGAUCAUUGGUAGGCUGUUUAUACCAGUCAGAGAAGUUGCACAGAGAGGGGAGCUUCCUAAGCUUCCUGAGGCUCGCUGGUGUAAUCUCCUCAAGCCUUCAUCGGCGGAAGAAGAACUUGAGAAGAAGAAGGAAAUAAAGUUUUCCAGCAAAAUUUAUCUUCGGAUGUGUAUAGAUGCUGGAUACCAUGUCUUGGAUGAGUCCACCCAUUUUAGCAGUGAUUUGCAGCCAUCUUCCAAACAUCUGAGAAAGCCUAGUAUUGGGAUUCUCGAAUUGGGUAUUUUGAGUGCAAAAAAUUUGCUGCCAAUGAAGAGCAAGGAUGGUAGAACCACGGAUGCAUAUUGUGUAGCUAAGUAUGGGAACAAGUGGGUUCGAACUCGAACACUUCUUGAUACUCUGACCCCUAAAUGGAAUGAGCAGUAUACUUGGGAAGUUUAUGAUCCAUGUACUGUGAUUACCAUAGGGGUUUUUGAUAAUAGCCAUGUCAAUGGAAGCAAAGAUGAUGCAAGGGAUCAGAGGAUAGGUAAGGUUAGAAUUCGGCUUUCAACCUUAGAAACUGAUCGGAUUUAUACACAUUAUUACCCCUUGCUGGUUCUUCAGCCAUCCGGCUUAAAGAAGCAUGGGGAGCUUCACUUGGCAUUGAGGUUCACUUGUACAGCUUGGGUUAAUAUGGUUGCCCAAUACGGGAGGCCCUUACUUCCCAAGAUGCACUAUGUUCAGCCUAUAUCGGUUAGGCACAUUGAUUGGUUGCGCCAUCAGGCAAUGCAGAUUGUGGCUGCAAGGCUAUCCAGAGCAGAGCCACCCCUCAGGAGGGAAACUGUGGAAUAUAUGUUGGAUGUGGAUUAUCAUAUGUUUAGCUUGAGGAGGAGCAAAGCUAACUUCCACCGAAUAAUGUCACUCCUGUCAGGGAUUACAGCAGUCUGUCGAUGGUUGGAUAGUAUCUGUUAUUGGAAAAAUCCUUUGACAACUAUCCUUGUUCAUGUGCUGUUCUUGAUACUGGUGUGCUAUCCCGAAUUGAUCUUGCCCACAAUUUUCCUCUACCUGUUUGUCAUUGGCUUAUGGAACUAUCGGUUUCGGCCUAGGAAUCCACCCCACAUGGAUGCUCGGUUAUCUCAGGCUGAAAAUGCUCAUCCAGAUGAACUUGAUGAGGAGUUUGAUACAUUCCCAACUUCGCGCCCAACAGAUCUUGUGAGGAUGAGGUAUGAUCGGCUGCGAAGUGUGGCAGGCAGGGUGCAAAGUGUGAUUGGAGAUUUGGCAACACAAGGUGAAAGGGCGCUUUCCAUAUUAAGUUGGAGGGACCCGAGGGCUACUGCUAUAGUCAUCAUACUUGCCUUGUUCUGCGCUGUGUUCCUGUAUGUUACUCCAUUCCAGGUGGUGGCAGUGCUGUUUGGGCUGUACUGGCUUCGCCAUCCGCGGUUCAGGAGUAAAUUACCAUCAGUUCCUGUCAAUUUCUUCAAGAGACUACCUGCAAAAUCAGAUAUGCUGCUUUGA